AUGGGACCACACAUGUGUCGGAAGCUACAAGCUUUGUCCUCCAGGAUCAAGCAAGCCUCCUCCAACGCAAAAUGGCGGGACGUACUCUCUGCUUACUCAGACAUACAGACAUCCGGGACUCAACUCAACGACCCUUUCCUCUUCCCCAUCGUUCUCAAAUCCUGCGCUAAGCUCUCACGGCUGUCGCAAGGCAGAUGCCUCCACGCGAGCCUCCUCAAGAGAGGCUUCGAGUCUUUCGUCUCCGUCGGAAACUCCAUCGUCGACUUGUACAUGAAAUGCGGAGACUUUUGCUCCGCCACGCGAGCGCUCUUCACCUCGAGCCGAGACGACUCUGUUUCUCGGAACGUCGUCGUUUUCGGGUUUCUCGAUCGUGGCUUCGCGGAACGAGGGCUACGUUGGUUCUCCGAGUCCAGAGCUUGGGGCUUUGACCCUAACGUCUCCACUUUGGUUCUUGUGAUUCAAGCGUUACGUCGUGGUUUCGGAUCGUAUGUUGAUGGAGAGAAGAUUCAUGGCUACGUCAUCCGUAGUGGGUUCUUCGGGAUCUCCUCUGUUCAAAAUUCCGUCUUGUCCUUGUAUGCGGGAUUUGAUUUGUUUACCGCGCGCAAAGUGUUCGACGAAAUGUCUGAGAGAGAUGUUGUUUCGUGGAGUGUAGUGAUCCGGUGUUAUGUGCAAACCCGAGAGCCUGUUUUUGCGUUGAAUUUGUUCCGAGAGAUGGUUCGUGAAGGGAAAACGGGUCCUGAUAGUGUAACUGUGACAAGUGUUCUCCACGGCUGUGCUCUUCUCGAGGAUGCUGAUGUGGGGAGAUCAGUUCAUGGUUUUUCUAUACGUAAAGGUUUUGAUUUGGGAGAUGUGUUUGUGCUCAAUUCACUCAUUGAUAUGUAUUCCAAAGGCUUUGACGUUGAUUCAGCGUUUAGAGUGUUUGAUGAGAUGACUUGUCGAAACAUGGUUACGUGGAAUUCGAUUUUGGCCGGGUUUGUACACAACCAAAGGAAUGAAGAGGCUCUUGAGAUGUUUGGUUUGAUGAGAAAAGAGGCAGUUGGAGCGGAUGAAGUUACUCUCGUGAGUCUUCUUCAGGUUUGCAAGUUCUUUCAGCAACCAUUGCCUUGCAAGUCAGUACACUGCGUUAUAAUUAGGCGGGCAUACGAGUCUAACAAAGUUGUUUUUACCUCUUUGAUUGAUGCAUAUACUAGUUGCAGUCUUGUUGAUAAUGCAACAACCUUGUUUGAGUCGAUGUCGUUCAAGGAUGUGGUGUCAUGUAGCACAAUGAUCUCUGGAUUAGCCCGUUCUGGAAGACCUGAUGAAGCUAUUUCAAUCUUCUGUCAGAUGAAGGAUAAGCCCAACGCCAUCACUAUCAUAAAUCUUCUUGACGCAUGCUCUGUUUCAGCAGACUUGAGAAAAUCCAGAUGGGCACAUGGAAUUGCGAUCCGGAGAGGCUUAGCCACAACUGAUAUCUCAGUUGAUACAUCCAUUGCUGACGCAUAUGCAAAAUGUGGUGCCAUAGAAAUGGCGAGGAGAACAUUUGAUUCAGUUCCUAGGAAAAAUGUUGUGUCUUGGACAGUGAUCAUAUCAGCAUAUGCUAUAAACGGUUUACCGGAGAAAGCAUUAGCAUCAUUCGAGGAAAUGAAACGAGAAGGUUGCACACCAAACGCUGUAACUUAUCUGGCAGUUUUAUCAGCUUGUAAUCAUGGAGGAUUGAUCAAGCAAGGUCUCAUGAUCUUCAAAUCAAUGGUGGAAGAUCACAACAAACCGUCGUUGAAGCAUUACUCGUGCCUUGUUGACAUGCUUAGCCGAGCUGGAGAGAUUGAGACAGCCAUGGAACUAAUCAAGAACCUUCCAGAUGACAUGAAACCCGGGGCUGGUGCUUGGGGAUCGAUUCUUAGUGGCUGCAGGAACCGUUUGAAAAGUGGGAUCGUUACCACAGAGGCAAUAUCUGAGGUUCUUGUGCUUGAACCCAUGUGUUCUUCAGGGUAUUUGCUAGCCUCUAGCGUGUUUGCUGCAGAGAAAUCGUGGGAAGAUGUAGCGUCAAUGAGGAGGUUGGUGAAGGAGAGAAAGGUUCCGGUGGUUGCAGGUUAUAGCACAGUUCUUGAAGGAGCCAUAGCUAAGAGGUUCUUGGCUGGAGAGAAGCUAAACCAAAGUGAUUGUGAGAUAAACAACGUCGUUCAGAGUCUUCAUAGAUGCUUGACGUUAGAAAAUACAAUGGAAUGGAUCUGAACAACAGUGUUUUUUUUUGGAGAAGAAGGUUUUAAGUAGUAUGUGGCAAUUGCUAGUUUGCUGAGUGUCUCAAGAUGCAUGACUGUUCUUGUUCAUGGCGAGCAAGUUCAUGCACUUUGUUUAGAGAUAAUUGAAGAGAAGUCUACUUUGUACUCUAAAUGUGAAAGUAUC